CUCCGCAAGACUUCGAACACAUAACGAUGAGAUAAUUUCUGAAGCAGGACACCAUAAUCACGAAGAUGAUUCGAAGAUGAUCAGGGAAUGUGAGUUUACGAUAGCAAUGGAAAGACAAGCUGUUGAACAAAAUACUGUUCCUGUCAAGAGAUUGUACGAUGAAGCAGUUGGAAAACAUGCAACAUCCCUGGAGGCUGCUGCCACAAUACCCAGAUUCACCACUCUAAUAAAGAAGAUGUACAGGGCCAGACAUGCUCUCAUACCUGCCUUGCCACAUAAUGUAGAUGAAAUUAACCUAACAGAAGAUUGGCAGAACACAACAGAUGGCCGAAAAUUCCUCUGUAUAGAUGAUGGCCAAGGAAAAGAAAGAUUUCUGGUUUUCUGUACAGAGGAAAAUUUGAGGGUAUUGUGUGGAGCAGAUAAAAUCUGGCUGGAUGGUACUUUCAAAAUAGUCCCACUUCUUUUCACACAGCUCUAUACCAUCCAUGCCAGGUUUAUGGGGGUAAUGUUUCCCUUUGCAUUCGCUCUACUCCAAGAUAAGAGGAAGGAAACAUACCUCCGUCUUUUCCAGCAGAUGAAAGCCAAAGCAAGAGACAUUGGCCUCAACUUUGCACCUGCCACCAGUAUGUUAGAUUUUGAAGUGGGAGUAAUGUCAGCCCUAAAUGAAGCAUUUCCAGAUAUUUCAGUCAAGGGCUGUUACUUCCACUUUGCUCAAAAUGUUUGGAGGAAGGUGCAAAAAUUGGGGCUAGUUCACAAUUUUAAAAAUGACGAUGUGACACGAAAAUGGAUUAAGAGACUGGUGGCACUUCCAUUAGUGCCACCAGACAUGAUGGGCGAGGCUUUCAUCUGGCUGGAAAACGAAGCUCCUCCAGGGAUUGCUACAGAUCAAAUGACAGAUUAUAUGGCAAGAACAUAUUUAGAUGAAGGAGAAUCUAAAUUUGACUUGUCCAUUUGGAACCACUAUGAGAGUAGAAAUGAGAGGACGAAUAAUAACCUUGAGGGGUGGCACUCAAAAAUAAAUAAACGUGCCUCAUCUCGGCUGAAUAUUUUCGCAAUGAUUACAUUGUUGCGAAAUAUUCAGGCCGAGAAUGAAGGUAGCAUUAUGAUGCUACGUGCUGGCAGAGCACGGCCACCCCAACAAAGGAAAAAAUAUCGUUGCAUCAACAAUAAAUUACAGAUUGCAAAAGAACAUUAUGCAAAUCACAACAUCACACUGGAAAACUAUAUAGAUCACGUUUCCCAUUUGUGUCCACAAGUGGGAAACGAGUAAAGCUUCUAGGGCUACGAUGCUGAUAACAUUUUUUUUUUCUUUAAUUUUUCUGCACAGGAUAUUAUUAGGACCGGUUUUUUAUGAAUUUUUUAUUGAUUUCAUCUAAACGUUUAAUUAAUUUUUAUUAUUUUUACGAAUUCUUAAAUAGCAAGCGUUAAAAUAGUUUUUUAAUCAGCGUUAAAAUAGUUAGAAGAUCGACAUCCUAGCUCUGGUAAUGAUCUAGUAUAGUUUUCCAGUUAGUUGAUAAUUUAAGAAACUAAUUUUUUUUUAUAAUUUAAAAACUUUUAAUUCAAAAUUUCUUUAAUUCAAAACAAUUUUACAAAAUUAUAAUUUUAUAACUUUGAUUUGCAUAGUUUUCUUUUGCAACCCUUUUUUUUCUCUAUUAUUUGUUCCUCUCAUAUAUUUACUCUCAUAUUCCUCCUGUUCAACAGCUGCUUCUUCAAAAAUUUCUUGAAAUCACCUGUAAUGUUUG